CAUCCAAUACCACACGGUUGGUUCUUAUUUUUUACCGUUAUAAUGUUCAUCGCCAUGCCGCCUGAUUGUUAUUUAAUAAAAAUGUUUAUCAACCGUUAAAUAAUUUUACAUUGCUAUUAUGUGAAAUGUAGUUUUAAUAGCUAUAUUGCCUUAAGGGCAGUAUAUUUAUUUUGCUAAACUGUCGUAAUAAAGCUUAUGUUUUUGCAAUAAAAACGGUGAAAUUAAUAUUGCUGCGACGCCUCAUCAUUGCGAAUAUAAUUCCAAUAAUGAUGCUCGGGCGAAAGCAGAGCCUCAAGGGGGAGCCUGUUCUGGCUGAUUAUGGACCAGAAGAGUGCCUGAAUGAGAGUGCUGAUAUCGAAUGGGUUAACAAAUUUUGGGUAAGACGAUUGAUGAGAUUUUGUGCAUUGGUAUCACUUGCUUCAGUUUGUUUAAAUACUCCAAAGACAUUUGAAAAAAUACCAGAACUUGAAUAUGUUACAUUUACUUGUGAUCUUAUUGUCACAUUUCUAUUUACUGCUGAGAUGAUUGCUAAAAUGCACAUUCGAGGAAUCAUCAAGAGAGACAAGUCAUAUCUAAAAGAUCAUUGGUGUCAAUUUGAUGCAACAAUGGUACUUGUAUUAUGGCUAUCAGUUGUACUUCAAAUGUUUGAAAUGCUUGGAAUUGUUUUAAAAUACAGUGCAGUAUCUGUUAUCAGAUCACCAAGACCUCUUAUCAUGAUACGUUUUCUUCGUGUAUUUCUCAAAUUUUCAAUGCCAAAAGCCAGAAUUAAUCAAAUUUUCAAACGUUCUGGUCAACAAAUUUACAAUGUAACUUUAUUCUUUUUAUUCUUCAUGUCACUUUAUGGUCUUUUGGGUGUACAAUUUUUUGGAGAAUUAUCAAAUCAUUGUGUUUUAAAUACAACAGAUCCAAAUCACAUUACAAUAAAUAGUCUUGCAAUACCCGAUACAUUUUGUUCAACUGAUCCAGAAUCAGGUUAUCAAUGUCCCGAGGGAAUGAAAUGUUUAAAAUUAGAAUUAUCAAAAUACAUAAUGGGUUUCAAUGGAUUUGAUGAAUUUGCAACAAGUAUUUUUACAGUUUAUCAAGCAGCAUCACAAGAAGGCUGGGUAUUUAUUAUGUACAGAGCAAUUGAUAGUUUACCAGCAUGGCGAGCUGUACUUUAUUUCAGUACAAUGAUAUUUUUUCUUGCUUGGCUUGUUAAAAAUGUAUUUAUUGCUGUUAUAACUGAAACAUUUAAUGAAAUACGAGUACAAUUUCAACAAAUGUGGGGUAUCAGAGGAACAAUAACCAACAGACCAGCUUCACAGAUACUUUGUGGUGAUGAAAAUGGAUGGAAACUUAUAACAAUGGAAGAAAAUAAACAUGGUGGUCUUGCAUCACCACUUUGUCAAGCAAUUUUACGUUCACCACAUUUUCGUAUGAUUGUUAUGUGUGCAAUACUUGCUAAUGGUUUAACAACAGCAACAAUGAAUUUUAAACAUGAUGAAAAACCACGUCAUACAUAUUAUGAUAAUUAUUAUUAUGCUGAAAUUGCAUUUACAAUAUUUCUUGAUUUAGAAACAAUGUUUAAAAUUUGGUGUCUUGGAUUUAAAAAUUAUUAUAAACAUUCUGUUCAUAAAUUUGAGCUUCUACUUGCAAUUGGUACAACAAUACAUAUUUUUCCAUUUUUUUAUUUAUCUGGAUUUACGUAUUUUCAAGUUUUAAGAGUUGUUAGACUUAUCAAAGCAUCACCAAUGUUGGAAGAUUUUGUUUAUAAAAUAUUUGGACCAGGAAAAAAACUUGGAAGUCUUAUUAUAUUUACAAUGUGUUUACUUGUUAUAUCUUCAAGUAUAUCAAUGCAGUUAUUUUGUUUUUUAUGUGACUUUACAAAAUUUGAAACAUUUCCAGAAGCUUUUAUGUCUAUGUUUCAAAUAUUAACACAAGAAGCAUGGGUUGAAGUUAUGGAUGAAACAAUGGUGAGAACACACGAAACAAUAUCACCUUUUGUUGCUGUUUAUUUUAUUCUUUAUCAUCUUUUUGUAACUUUGAUUGUGUUGAGUCUUUUCGUUGCUGUUAUUCUUGAUAAUUUAGAACUUGAUGAAGAUAUUAAAAAAUUAAAACAAUUAAAAUUUCGUGAACAAAGUGCAGAAAUAAAAGAAACACUACCAUUUCGUUUACGUAUAUUUGAAAAAUUUCCAGAUAGUCCACAAAUGACAUGUUUACAUAAAGUACCAUCAGAUUUUAAUCUUCCAAAAGUACGUGAAAGUUUUAUGAGACAAUUUGUAUUUGAAGUUGAAGAUGAAGAUAAUGAAAUGGCUAAAAAAAUUAAUGAAACAUUUGAUUCAAAAAUGGUAUAUCAUAAACAACGACCAGUUAAAAUUUUAAAUAAUCCACCAAAAUCAAGAAAUAUUGCAACAUGUUUAAAAAAAGCUGCUAUUAUUUACAUAAUAAAUGAUUCUAAUAAUCAAAGAUUAUUACUUGGUGACUCAGCAAUGAUACCAGUACCAGGAAAAGGUCUUUUAAAACCUCAAGGAACAAUUAGCAGUGCCAAACAAUUGAGAAUUGAUCAAAAAAAAUCAAUUCGACGUAGUGUUAGAAGUGGCUCGAUAAAAUUAAAACAAACAUAUGAACAUUUAAUUGAAAAUGGUGAUAUUGGAGCAAUAAAUCGAGUUACUUCAUCAAGAAGUAGACCACAUGAUUUGGAUAUUAAAUUACUUCAAGCAAAGAGACAACAAGCUGAGAUGAGAAGAAAUCAAAGAGAAGAUGAUCUUCGUGAAAAUCAUCCAUUUUUUGAUACACCAUUAUUUGCUGUUCCACGUGAAAGUAAAUUUCGUAAAAUUUGUCAGUUACUUGUUUAUGCAAGAUACGAUGCAAGAUUAAAAGAUCCAUUAACUGGUAAAGAACGUAAAGUUCAAUACAAAAGUCUUCACAAUUUUUUAGGUCUUGUUACGUAUCUUGAUUGGGUAAUGAUAUUGGCAACAACAAUGUCAUGUAUAUCAAUGAUGUUUGAAACACCACAAUACAGAGUUAUGGAAAUAUCUGUAUUACAAGUUGCUGAAUAUGGUUUUGUUGUAUUUAUGAGUCUUGAAUUAGCAUUAAAAAUACUUGCUGAUGGUUUAUUUUUUACACCAAAAGCAUAUAUUAAAGAUGUUGCAUCAGUACUUGAUGUAUUUAUUUAUAUUGUUAGUCUUGUAUUUCUUUGUUGGAUGCCAAAAAGUGUACCACCAAAUUCUGGAGCACAAUUAUUAAUGAUAUUACGUUGUGUUAGACCAUUACGUAUAUUUACACUAGUGCCUCAUAUGAAAAAAGUUGUAUAUGAAUUAUGUCGAGGUUUUAAAGAAAUAUUAUUAGUAUCAACAUUACUUAUAUUAUUAAUGUUUGUAUUUGCAAGUUAUGGUGUACAAUUAUAUGGUGGUAGAUUAGCACGUUGUAAUGAUCCAACAAUACUUAAAAGAGAAGAUUGUGUUGGUGUAUUUAUGAGACGUGUAUUUGUAACUAAAAUGAAAUUAAAACCUGGUAAUAAUGAAAGUUAUCCAUCAAUGCUUGUACCACGUGUUUGGGCUAAUCCAAGAAGAUUUAAUUUUGAUAAUAUUGGUGAUGCAAUGAUGGCAUUAUUUGAAGUUUUAUCAUUCAAAGGAUGGCUUGAUGUUAGAGAUGUUCUUAUCAAAGCACUUGGACCAGUUCAUGCAAUUUACAUUCAUAUUUAUAUAUUUCUUGGUUGUAUGAUUGGACUAACACUAUUUGUUGGUGUUGUUAUUGCAAAUUAUUCAGAAAAUAAAGGAACAGCAUUGUUGACUGUUGAUCAAAGACGUUGGUGUGAUUUAAAAAAAAGAUUAAAAAUUGCACAACCACUUCAUUUACCACCAAGACCAGAUGGUAAAAAAUUUCGUGCAUUUACUUAUGAUAUAACACAAAAUAUAUCUUUUAAAAGAUUUAUUGCUGUUAUGGUUUUAAUUAACAGUUGUCUUCUUUGUGUUGCAUGGAGAAUUGAAGAAUCACAUACUGAAGCACUUGCAACAAUAUCAACAAUACUUGUACUUGUAUUUGUUGUUGAAGUUAUUAUGAAAAAUAUUGCAUUUACACCACGUGGUUAUUGGCAAUCACGUAGAAAUCGUUAUGAUCUUCUUGUGACUGUUGUUGGUGUAAUAUGGAUUGUUAUUCAUUGCACAAUUAAAAGUGAUUUAUCAUAUGUUAUUGGUUUUGUUGUUGUUAUAUUGAGAUUUUUUACAAUAACUGGAAAACAUACAACAUUAAAAAUGCUUAUGUUAACUGUUGGUGUAUCUGUUUGUAAAAGUUUUUUUAUAAUAUUUGGUAUGUUUUUACUUGUAUUUUUUUAUGCACUUGCUGGUACAAUAUUAUUUGGUACAGUUAAAUAUGGUGAAGGUAUUGGUAGACAUGCUAAUUUUGAAUCACCAGUAACUGGUGUUGCAAUGUUAUUUAGAAUUGUUACUGGUGAAGAUUGGAAUAAAAUAAUGCAUGAUUGUAUGAUACAACCACCUUAUUGUACAGCAGCAUCAAAUUAUUGGGAAACUGAUUGUGGAAAUUUUCAUGCUUCGUUAUUCUACUUUUGUACAUUUUACGUUAUCAUAACGUAUAUUGUUUUGAAUCUUUUAGUUGCUAUUAUCAUGGAGAAUUUUUCUUUAUUUUAUUCAAAUGAAGAAGAUGCAUUGCUGUCUUAUGCUGAUAUUAGAAAUUUUCAAAAUACAUGGAAUGUUGUGGAUAUUCAUCAGCGUGGUGUCAUACCAGUUAGACGGGUAAAAUUUAUUCUACGAUUAUUGAAAGGUAGAUUGGAAACUGAUCCACAAAAAGAUAGAUUAUUAUUCAAGUACAUGUGUUACGAAUUGGAAAGGCUGCACAAUGGUGAAGAUGUUACAUUUCACGAUGUCAUCAACAUGCUAUCAUAUCGUUCAGUAGAUAUUAGAAAAGCAUUACAACUUGAAGAAUUAUUAGCCCGUGAAGAAUUUGAAUAUAUUAUUGAAGAAGAAGUUGCAAAACAAACAAUUCGUACAUGGUUGGAGGGUUGUUUAAAAAAAAUUCGAGCAACUGGCAAACAGCAAAAUAGUCUUAUUGCGGGAUUACGAGCAACAAAUGAUUUAGCUGCAACAGCAGUUGAUCAUUUAGAAGAAAAAGCUAAAGAAAAUAAUACAAUUGAUAAAGAGGAAGAAAAUGAAAAUAAAGAUACUGAUGGUAUUAGAAAUAGAGUUAAAAAACCACCAGUAAUACCAAGAUCUGAUAGUAUUGGAAGUAGUUCUGGUAGAAAAUAUUUAGCACCAACACUAUCAGAUCCAGCAUCAGUACGUCCUGAUAAAGAAAAAAUAUCAGUAUCAAAAAAAAGAAAUACAAGACCUGCACCGCUAACCAAGACAAAUUUGCCUUAUUUAACUGAAGGUACUGAACAAAAUAGACAACCAAGAGAAACAAUAAACACAAAAAUUCCAACUCCAAAAGUAUCUAGUGUUAUGCUAGAAGUUAAAGAUUGGUGGCAUGAACAACUUGCCUACAGCAGUGAAUCCAGUGAGGAUGAAUUUUGAAUAGCAAUUAAUAAUUUUUUAAAAUAUGUGAAUUAAUAAUUUUGAUAAUAAUUAUACAGCACUGUAAUUACAGACUGUUUAUAAUUAAAUCACAUGAUAAAAUAAUUAUCUGGUAAGGUUCACUGUGAAAAGUGAACCUAUAUGAAAAUUUUUUAAACAAAAAAAAAAAAAACCAGAUUAUAAAUUCUAGACAACAGAAUAUUUAUAAUUCCACGACACAAUUGUUUAAAAAAAUUAAAUAACAAACACAAAAAUAUUUGAUAAAUUAAAAAAAUAUCCAGACGCACAUAAAGAAAAUAUUUUAUAAUUAAAAAAAAAAUAAAAUAAAUGAACAAUGACAGUUUUUCUCGGGUGCCUAAAUAAAUUUUUAGAAAAAUUAAUUUUUCGUUUUAUUUUAUAAAAAAAAUUUCGAUUAUAUUUAACAUUUUUUUUUUAAUCAAAAUAAAUAAAUUCAAUUUUUCUUUUUUUAAAUAUUAGAAAAAAAAUAUUAUUUUUAAAUACCCACAAGAUUUGCCCAAUCGUAGAGACUGCUCGAUAGAAAAAUAAAUUUGAUGUUUGAAAUAAAAAAUUUAGAAAAUUUAUACGUAGAUAAUUGAGUAGAUUUUUUUACGUGUGGUUAAUCAUCCACAAAAAUGAUAGGAUUAUUUUAGUGAUGAUAAACAUUCACUUAUAAAAAUGAAAUAAAAGAAAAUGAUUAAGGGCAACUGUAGUACAAUGAGCGCAGGAUACGAUUCGACAAGUCUUUUUAGCAAUGAAAAACGUUCCGGCUCCUCCGAUUAAAAUAAUUAAUAAAAUAAAAAUUUAUGAGUUAAGCCAAUUAGACAUUAUACUGCAUGUUACAGUGAUUAGAUUUUUUACGAUAUUAAAUGCCUAUAAAAUUUGGGUCUAAAUAAUAAUAGUUAAACUUCUUCUUAAACAAAAAAAAUAAAUAAAAAACAAUUUAAAAAAAAAAAUAAAAGAAAUAAUAUAUACUAAAUUAUUUAAUGUUGAAAAAGAAAAUAAUAAAUUAAUAAUAUUUAAUAAAACUAAAAAGAAAAAUUAAUAAAAAAUUUGAUUAAAGAAUUAAUUAGAUUAAAAUUAAAUUUAAAAAAAAAUAUAUAUCAAAAUGAAUUAGCUUGCCAAAGUAAGCACAAAUUAAUAAUAGAAUAAAUAAAAAAAAAUAUAUAUAUAUAAUUGUUUGUAAUUACGUGACGCUAAUUACUGGCGUUAUAAAUUGUUGAAAUUGAGUAUCAUGGUGUUGUUUUAACGUCGUAGAUUAUUGAAACGUUAUUUAUUUUAAUACCAUGUAGCACAAUUUGUAGCAAAUAAUUAAUUUGAUGAAAAAAUGUUGUAAAGUUUAAAAAAAAAAAAAAAGGAAAUUUGAUACAUGAGCCUUCGGGAUUUGCUUUGUUUUUAAUUUAUUAAAAUAUAAAUAGUAUAUUUUUUAUGAUAACCAACUAGCAGGAUUGAUUCCUCAAUUGGAUGGUGAUGCACCAAAUCCGUUCAUCGUAUUUUAAACGAUAAUUUAAUUUACGUAGAGUCAAAUGACAAUAGAGAAAGCGUGUGAUUAUAAUAAAAAUAUAUAUAUGAAAAAAAAAAUAAAUAAUAUUAUUGAGUUUGUAGAAACAAAGAUAUACGAAAAAAAAAAUAAAUAAACGAAAUAAAUUAAUAAAUAAAUGAAGAAUACAAUUAUAAAAAAAAAAAAAUUAAAAGAAAAACACUAAA